AUGCCGUCAUCAGUAUCACAUCCAGUUUGGCCUCUGGCGCCGCCGUCAGCAUCCGACACGGCCCUGGGUCUCGGGCUCGGUGCCGUCAGCUUGGUCGAGGCCAUGGACGCAUCACCGCACGAUGGCUACUGGUCUUCGCCAGAAGGCACCGCCUACGCGGGGUCCCAGGACGACGACAGCGACUGCGUGCAUAACCUGUUACGACUGGACCUCAAGGACCAGGACCUGUUUGGGGCAGACGCCAAGCGAGGUGUGGUCGGCAACGCCGUCGGCCUAUUCUCCUUCAGCAGCUGCAGUUCCGAUCCAGACGCGUCGUCGACCAUCGCCUCGACUGCGUGCGCGCCACGAACGGCCGCUGUCCACAUCAAGCGCGAGAACAUGGAGCUGAAGCUUGACCUGGGCAUAGACGAGGCAGAGCCACUGUGCCCUACGCCCGGCUCCGCGUUCGCCGCCCGUCGACCCACAUACCCAUUUGACAGCUUUGGGGACGUUCGCACCACUGCUCCCGGCCGCGCGUUUGACCCGGCGACACCUCGAGCGCACAGCAUCUCGCUGUGCUCGCCACGCUACCGCGUCGAUGCCAUGCACGCGGCGGCACUAGGCGCUGCCGCCCUGCCCCUGCCGCUGCCGCUGCCUCUCCCCGUGCCCGUUCCCGUGCCCUCAGAACUGUCGACAAGCUCGCCGGCGCCCCUCGACUCGCCCGAGCUCGCCACGCCCAUCAGCGCCCAUGUGCCCCUGCAAGAGCACGACGACGACCCCAAACCCGUCUUCCUAAAUGUCUUUGCGAUCAAGGACAAUGCAUACCAGAGCUUUUCAGAGGCCAUGCAGCCGACGCCGACUGCCACUUCCACGUCGCUCCCGCGCGAUGGAUGCUUUGCGUGA